AAAUUCAAUUUUCAGCCCUGUUCGGAUAUCGUCUGCUCCACCAUCGAAUAAUUUAAAAGUUUUGACAGUUUAAUUUUUAAAAGAUGGAUAAAAUUUCGAAAAUUCGAGAAAAACAUCAGACUUCUGAUGUGUCUGAGUUAACAGAAAAAAUUAUUGAAAAUUUAAAACUAAUGAAGAACGAGGACGAUAAAAAGAAGCAAAUUAUUGAAGAACAGGAACUUGAGCUUCGAACAGUUUCAUCGAAACUUACUUCACUUCUUAAUGAAAUGGAUAAGUCAAAUAGUGUUUUAGAUGAUAAAAUUGAUGAAUUGAAAAAGUAUAAGGAAGAAAUUGAACUUCUAGAUUCAGAAUGUAAGCAAAUCGAAGCAGAAUCAUUGAAAUUGCAAUUAAAAAGAGAUUCAUUAAUUAAUAAGAAGCCUAAUCCCAAGGACCAAGCUACACUAGAGCAAGGAGUAAACAAAUUCCAUCUGUUGAAACAACUUUCUGGAAUUCGUUGGAAUUUCGAAACAUUGGAAGAAAAUACAAGUGGCUAUAUACAUAAUAAGGAUAAAAAUUACAUUCAUGCUUUUGAUUUUGAUUCAAAAAUACAGGAUGAAAAAUUAAGCAAUGCAUUAUGGGAGGAAAUUGAAAAAUCAACAAAUCCUCCAACAUCAGAGACAAAAGGAAAUAAUGAUAAAUUAGAAAAAAAAUAAAGAAUCAUUGUCUAAUUAAUAAUAUUAUUUUAUUAAAAUAAAAAUUCUUUUUCUAUUUUUAUAUAUAAAUAAAUGUAUAUAAUGUAUAAUA